GAUGGGGUCCAACAGAUUGACAUACAGACGCCGCAACCCAUACAACACUCGAUCGAACAAGGUCCGCGUUGUCAAGACCCCCGGCGGAGAACUUCGAUACCUUCACAUCAAGAAAGCCGGCACUGCGCCCAAGUGUGGAGACUGUGGAAUUAAGCUGCCAGGAAUCCCCGCUCUCCGACCCCGCGAGUACGCUCAAAUCUCCAGACCAAAGAAGACUGUUCAACGCGCAUACGGUGGUUCAAGAUGUGCCAACUGCGUCCGGGAUCGUAUUGUCCGAGCUUUCUUGAUUGAAGAGCAAAAGAUUGUCAAGAAGGUGCUCAAGGAGUCUCAACAGAAGAAGCGUUAA